CUUCUCGAGAAACAUAUCUCGAAAAUUAUCGCAUGUUAUUUUUACACAUCGUACAAGGUUCUUCAUCGAUUGUUCUCGCAAGUAUUUAAUUAAUAAAUCGAUUCGACGUGUCUUUUGUUUGUUGCGUCAACUCGACAAGAAUUUUAAUCCCGUUCCUUGACGAAGAGCAAUGAUGUAAUUGUAAACACGUUACAUGUUGCUGCAAAAUUUGCAAGUGGGUCGCCACAUUCUGAACAAUGUCGCGAAAAAUUUAUCUCCUUUCGGUCGUCGUUUCAGCAAGGAAGUUCCGGAAAAUGACAAAUUCGUUAGACAAUCGGAAGUUAAAAUCCGCAACAUAACCCCCGAGGGACAUAAAAAAAAUCGCGAACAGUGCCCAAGACUGUUGUCGUUUCGACAGCUCUGCAAGAAGCUCUUCUUCCUUUCCGAGAAACAAUCUAAUCCUUCGUUUAAAGUAGUACAUCAAUGCGAAACGACGACGGCCAGUGACGAUUAUUUGAACGCUCGACGAUCCGUGGAACUUCGUAUCGAGAAUAUAAUACAACUCGUGGAAAGCGAAUCGCAAUCGAUCGCGAAAGACGUGAAGACGCGUUUGGAGAACAGCGAGAUCGCUCGCGCGGCUCAAUUGCGAGAACUGUACAAACAGACGAGCGAAAAACUGGACGAAGUCGUCAAAUUGGACGUGUCGUACGGAUUUUGGAUGCGCAAGGAAACGUUGCUGCUGAACGACGAAAUAGGCCGAUCGUUCGACGCCUUGGAACGCGCGAUCGCGCCGAACGUCAAGCGCAUAACGUUCAUGCUGAGAACGUUGAAAAAUAACGUCUUGGCGCGCGCGAGACAAACGGAAGAAACUGUCGCGACGUGUCGCAGACACAAAGUUCCGUCCGAGCUCACGGAUUGCGUGAGAAAACAGCUGAGCGAGGCCACGAAGACGAUCGAUCGCACGAACGAAGAGACGCGUAUCAAUCUCGAACGCAUCGGAAAGUAUCGCGACGCGUUUACGAAGGCGCACGAGACGACGAUGCAAGAAACGUUGGAACUGAAUCGCAAGAAGGUGGCCGAGUUGUUGAAGUACAUGGAAAAAUGUAUCGUUUGGUUAAAAAAAUCGAGCGAAGAUUAGCGAGUAGCGAUAAAAAAAAGUGCACACAAUCCAACAACUGCUUGGAAAAGCAAAUGUAAGAUCUCGCGAAGAUCCGACCGAGAGGCGAUUAAUUUCCUAAUUGUGCGCGCGCGAACAAUCAAACAAUCUCUCUCGUUUACUAGAUUUAUUUGAACUCGGGGAAACAAAAAUGUAUCAAAAAAAAA